AUGCGGAAUUUCUUGUUUUCCACGCUGUUUGGCGUGGGAUACGCCGCGCAGACGGUGCUGCGACCAGAGACCUUCGCGGUCGGCGACUUUGCCAUCUUCCAGAGCCCAUAUUCACCCUCCCAUUCGGUCCGGAUACGACAGCAGAACGAGUCAAUCUGCGAUGCGGACUCAGCUCAAUACACGGGAUGGCUGGAUGUCGGAGCCAAACACCUGUUCUUCUGGUACUUUGAAAGCCAGAACGACCCAGCCAAUGACCCGCUAACCCUAUGGAUGACCGGUGGACCCGGUUAUUCCAGCAUGGUCGGCCUGUUCCAGGAGAUUGGCCCUUGUUUAAUAAACGAACAUGGCAAUGGAACCGUUCCCAAUCCGUGGAGCUGGUCUCGGAACUCCUCAUUACUUUUUGUGGACCAGCCCGUUGAUGUCGGCUUCUCCUACAUCGAUGAGGGCCAUGACCUCCCGCGGGACUCCCAGGAGGCCACCGUUGACAUGCAUCGAUUCCUCCAGCUCUUCGUCUCCGAGGUCUUCCCCCAUAAACGGUCCUCCCCCGUCCAUCUUUCGGGAGAAUCAUAUGCCGGCAAGUACAUCCCCUAUCUCGGCACCCAGAUCCUGAAGCAGAACCAGCGCUAUCCCACAGAGCCCCAGAUCCACCUGCAGUCGUGCCUGGUGGGCAACGGCUUCAUGUCUCCCAUGGACUCCAUGUACGGCUACUGGGAAACGUUGUGCACCACCAACCCCGGCGUUUCUGUGCCCAUUUUCAACGAGACCCGGUGUGACCGCAUGGCCGCCAACAUGCCGCGGUGCAUGCAGGUCGCCGAAACCUGUGUCCGACAUCCAGAUCCCGCUCUCUGUCAGGCGGCUUACUCCGUCUGCUACGAGGGGGUGCUCGGAUGGUACGAGGACGAGGUGGGCGAGGGCGGCCGCAACCGAUUCGACAUCACCACCCCUUGCGAGAUCGAGGACAUUUGCUAUCAAUACCUGAACUCCCCUGCCGUCUGGGCCGCCCUCUCGCCCCCCAAGCAGAUCACAGAAUACAAGUUUGUCUCAGACAAUGUGAUCCAGGCCUUUGACACCACACCUGAGGGCAUGACGUCCGCCUCCGAUCUGGUCGUGUUUCUUCUUUCUCAUGGCGUCCACUUCCUUGCGUACCAGGGGAAUCUGGACCUCGCCUGCAAUACAGCCGGAACUCUACGCUGGGCCAAUGCACUUCGCUGGAAGGGCCAGGUCGCGUUCGAAUCAAAGCCGCUACUUCCCUGGAUGCCGACGGCAAUUGGCCGGAAUGAAAUAGUUGGGACAGCCAAAGAAGUCCGAGUGCGAGGAAACAGCCACGGAGAGACAGUACGGUUCGCGUUGGUGACAGUGGAUGGGGCGGGUCAUUUGGUUCCUCAAGAUCGCCCGGAUGUGGCGUUUGACUUGAUGCUGCGGUGGAUCACCAGUGCCCCCUUUAUUGUCUCCUGA